CCUUCUCUCUCUCUCUCUCUCUCUCUCUCUCUCUCUCUCUUCAAUGGCGACGAACGCCUAUCUCACCACCCCAACGAAAACCCCAUCAGACAAAUCCCACUCCAGAAGGCGGCAGCACCAAUCCUCUGCCAUGGCCGAUUCCUCCUCUUCUUCCUCGUCCUCCAAGUCUCGUUUCGAGGCCUACAACCGGCUCCAGGCGGCGGCGGUGGCGUUCGGCGAGAAGCUGCCGAUUCCGGAGAUAGUGGCGCUGGGCGGGCAGUCCGACGGGAAGAGUUCCCUCCUGGAGGCCCUCCUCGGCUUCCGCUUCAACGUCCGCGAGGUCGAGAUGGGCACUCGCCGUCCACUCAUUCUCCAAAUGGUCCACGACCCCUCCGCUCUCGAACCUCGCUGCCGCUUCCAGGAGGAGGAUUCUGAAGAAUAUGGUAGUCCAGUUAUUCUGGCUUCUGCUAUUGCAGACAUCAUAAAGUCUCGAACUGACGCGCUUUUAAAGAAAACUAAAACUGCAGUUUCUUCCAAGCCAAUUGUGAUGAGAGCUGAAUAUGCACAUUGUCCUAACCUCACCAUCAUUGACACUCCAGGUUUUGUUCUCAAGGCAAAGAAGGGAGAACCUGAAAAUACGCCUGAUGAAAUUCUUUCGAUGGUUAAGUCAUUGGGUAGCCCUCCGCAUCGCAUCCUAUUGUUUCUUCAACAAAGUAGCGUGGAGUGGUGCUCAUCACUAUGGCUGGAUGCCAUUCGUGACAUUGACCCGGCUUUUAGGCGCACUAUGAUCGUUGUAUCGAAAUUUGAUAAUCGUCUCAAGGAGUUUACUGACCGAUGGGAAGUGGAUCGAUAUUUAAGUGUAAGUGGUUACCUCGGCGACAACAUUCACCCAUAUUUUGUUGCACUACCUAAGGAUCGGAACACCAUUUCAAAUGAUGAAUUUCGUCGGCAAAUAUCUCAAGUCGACACAGAAGUCCUUCGUCAUCUGCGUGAAGGUGUCAAGGGAGGAUUUGAUGAAGAAAAGUUUAAGCCAUAUAUUGGUUUUGGUCGUCUGAGAGAAUAUUUAGAGUCUGAACUUCAAAAGAGAUACAAAGAAGCUGCACCAGCAACACUUGCGUUGCUUGAGCAGCGCUGCAGUGAAGUCAGUAUUGAACUUGCCAGAAUGGACUCCAAAAUACAGGCCACUUCUGAUGUUGCUCAGCUUAGGAGAUUUGCAAUGUUGUAUGCUGCUUCUAUAAGCAAUCACGUGGGAGCACUGAUUGAUGGAGCAGCAGAUCCUGCUCCAGAGCAGUGGGGAAAAACGACAGCCGAGGAACAAUAUGAAAGUAGUAUUGGGGCUUGGCCGGGUGUUACUGAAGAUGUAAAGCCUCCUAAUGCUACUCUUCGGCUAUAUGGGGGAGCUGCAUUUGAAAGGGUAAUGCAUGAAUUUCGGUGUGCUGCUUAUUCUAUUGAAUGCCCCCCAGUAUCCAGGGAGAAGGUUGCAAAUAUAUUACUUGCCCAUGCUAGCCGAGGUGGGGGUACAGGAGCAACGCAGGCAGCGGCAGAAAUUGCACGUGCGGCUGCGAGAUCAUGGCUUGCGCCUCUUCUAGAUACUGCUUGUGAUCGGCUUGCUUUUGUUUUAGGGAAUCUCUUUGAUCUCGCCCUAGAAAGAAAUCGCGACCGUGACACGGAAUAUGGAAACAAACCAGGGAAUAUGGAUGGUUAUGUUGGUUUUCAUGCAGCUUUAAGGCAUGCUUACAGUCGGUUUAUGAAGGAUCUUGCUAAGCAGUGCAAGGAACUAGUUAGGCAUCACCUUGAUUCAGUAACAAGCCCAUAUUCAUUGGUCUGUUAUGAAAAUGAAUUUCAAGGGGGUUUUGGAUCUAGUGCAGCAUAUAUUUACAAAUCCAACCCAGGCUCGGCUGGUUUGUUUUCACUCGAACUGUCCGAUGGUGGGGCAUCGGCUCAGGAUGAUGCAAUGAGAGAUCAGGAGAACAGGCCUCCAGAAAAGAGUGCUCUGCAGACUACUCCAGGGAAAGCUGCAGAAGCUAGAGAAGCUCUGAAGGAGAGCCAAAUGACUGUGCCUGAGACCCCAUCACCUGAUCAGCCAUGUGAUAUAAUGCAUGGUGGGGCUAAAGAGCUUGGAAACGGUGUUGACAUCGGAGCAAGAAAGCGGGUUUCGAGAAUGACAGGCCUUGGUAGAAAUCCUGAUCACAUGAAAAUUUCAAAUGGCGGCCUUUUGUUUGGAAACCGGGAUGGUGGGGCAAGAUCAAGCUCGGCUUAUGCAGAAAUUUGUUCUUCGGCUGCACAGCAUUUUUCACGGAUACGUGGGGUUCUUGUGGAGAGAAACGUGACAUCAGCUCUAAAUUCUGGAUUCUUAACACCAUGCCGGGAUCGGCUUGUGCUGGCAUUCGGUUUGGAUUUGUUUGCCGUGAAUGAUGAGAAAUUCAUGGACAUGUUUGUUGCACCUAGCGCGAUCGACGUAUUGCAGAAUGAACGGCAGUCGCUUCAAAAACGUCAGAAAGUUCUUCAGUCUUGCUUGAACGAGUUCAAAUCCGUUGCCCGGGCUCUCUGAUGUAGAUCAGUGUAAAAGGAGUCUCUAAGGUUUCACAGCUAGUGAACAUAAGCAAUUGGAGACCAUUUUAUUCAUUUGCUUGCAAAAUCUAUGUUGUAACAUUUGAUGUGUGUAACAACUAUGCUUUUUCCUAAUGUUCAAUUGCAGCUAUUUUUUUUUUCUCUGGAAUCUGUAUACUAGUGAAUCUUU